CAUGAUAGUCAUCACCCCGAGUCUACGCCUGAUGUUGAGAAUGAAGACAACUCUUCCAUGACCUCCUUUGGUGUUGCCGUCCGAGGCCUCCCCCUGGCCUUGGCGUCCAUGACACAAGCUGCCACCUCAGACUUACGCUUUCACCCAAAAUGGAGGGCCAUCACUGUGGCGACCCUGCUGGGAUUAGUGCUCAUAUUGUAUCUGCACCUGACAGUAGGGGACAGAGACACUCCUACCAGAGGUUACUACCGCAACAGGGCCCACAGUUUGGAACUGUACAGGGAGGGUCAGGGGGACAUCUUCAGGGACGCUAACAGACAAACUGUCCGUAGCCUCGCUGGCCGUCAGAAAAUGGAAAAGCCUUACAAUGACACUUAUCCGUUAAGUCCACCAGAGAAGACGAGGAACGGCAUCCGUUACCGCAUAGGCGUGAUAGCAGACCUGGACACAGCAUCACGUAGCUCUAAGGAUCAGACGUGGUUCAGCUACAUGAAAAGAGGAUAUCUGACAGUUUCAGAGAGCGCAGACAGACUGCAGGUGGAGUGGGACACUGAGACCGUCACCCUGGAGAGUCAUCUGGCUGAGAAAGGACGAGGAAUGGAGCUGUCCGAGCUUGUGGCAUUUAACGGGCACCUGUACAGUGUAGAUGACCGUACAGGUGUGGUGUACAGGAUCGAGGGGAACCAGGCUAUUCCCUGGGUAAUUUUAACUGACGGCGAUGGGUCAGUGUCCAAAGGGUUCAAGGCAGAAUGGCUGGCAGUGAAGGACGAGCACCUGUACGUUGGAGGCCUGGGGAAGGAGUGGACCACGACGUCUGGGGAAGUUGUCAACAACAACCCAGAGUGGGUGAAAGUUGUUGGCUACCAUGGCGACGUGGAGCAUGAGAAUUGGGUACCACACUACAAUGCCCUGCGGAGUGCAGCAGGGAUCCAACCACCAGGCUACCUUAUCCACGAAUCAGCAUCAUGGAGCGAGCGUCUCCAGCGCUGGUUCUUCCUCCCUCGCCGUGCCAGCCACGAGCACUACGAAGAGAUUGCAGACGAGCGGCGUGCCACCAACCUCCUGCUGUCCUGCCUUGCAGACUUCAGCUACAUGAGCGUACGGCACGUCGGACCGCUCAACCCCACCCAUGGCUUCUCCUCCUUUAAAUUUGUCCCAGACACGGACGAUCAGAUCAUUCUGGCCCUAAAAUCAGAGGAGGAUGCGGGCAGGAUCGCCACCUACAUCAUCGCACUCACACUUGACGGUCGUGUGCUGAUGCCCGAGACAAAGAUCGGGGACGUGAAGUAUGAAGGGCUUGAGUUUAUUUGAAAGUCACGGGCUGAAGGUACACAUGUUCCUGUAGGCAAACUCUGCACGGCUCCUUCAUGUCUCAGAGGAUAAGAACUGAACUAUUUAUAUGCAACACUGUUGUUUUAAGUUUUUUCUUUCACUGCGACUGUGCAAUACCAUAUGACACAAACCUUUAUAUUUCCUAAUUACUAUUAAUUGCAACGGAAGAUACAAGUGCAGGAGAAAGCCACACCACCAUGGGAGAACAAAUAUCAGCCACAGACCUGUAUGUGACUGAUGUAAGACAGCGACGACUUUAACACACAUCAGUCGCCACCAGAUAAGACUUUAAACUAACUUAAGUCAGUGCAGGUAAAAUUAUGGAAGCCCAUUUCUGCUACUCAGUUAAAAAAAAAUCCUAUAAAUCAUUAUAACAAGAAACCUUCUCAAUAGAAUAACUUACUAUCUCAAAAUAACAAGUUAAUAUCUCAAAUUAAUGAUAUUAUUACGGUACUGUUUUAUAUUUUCUACUUUUUAAUCCAUUUCAUUUUUCUGUUUCACUGGUGGAUAUGGGAUUCCCUAUAAAAUAAAUAAUACGGUCUCAUCAUUGAGUUCCGCAGGACUCACACAUAUUCGAUGUGCUAAUGAUUGUCAGUUGGUGUUCCCAAUAUUUUGUGCUGUGGCGAUCAUCACAACAACAUGCUAUGCGAGUUAUCAAUACAAAUGCUAAAUAGAAGUAAAUGGGAUAUAAAAUCCACACCCAGAUGAACACCUCUUCCUCCUCUUUAAAUCAACAUUAACAUACAAACAUUAUUAAAGUGAUUUGAUUGGCUGGUGCCUUCACUUCCACAAAAAGAGUUGAGGGCUACACAACCACACACAGCACGACAAACAUGUAGCAACCACAAUGCAGUUCUGCAACGCACGCCCCACCCACAGGAUUUCCAUUAUAUAUUUCAAUGCAUACUGGUGAGUCCUGCAUUAAACAUCCUGUUUUGAUUAGACACUUAUGACAUCCCAAAGCACUCUGGGUAAAAAGGUUUGCUUAUCGUUCUGUCAUACACCAGGUCAAUGUGGACCUCCUCCACUGCAGCUGAACUCUGUUGGCGGUUAAACACUCAGGGGAACAAGGUAAAACAGAGUAGCAUGUUCAAAAAUAAAUAGAAGAGAAUGUUCUCAAUGAUAAAUAUUAACCUUAUUUGUUGCUUUUGUAUUUUACCUUUAUUUGACCUUUUAAGACACUGAUGUUUCUCUUGUUCAUUUUUUAUUGAUUUAUAUAUUAAUGGGUCAACCAUUACCAUUGUCAUUAUAGCAACCUCUGAUCUGUAAAACUUGAUAAAUUAUUCUGGGCAGGUCCUGCUCAAUUGUUCACUCACUUUUGUAAACUGAAUAUUAUCAGCUUUUCAAGCCAGUAGAGUGAAAAACCAGCAACUUUAUACAAAGAGAAACAAUUAAUAUAUUUAUUUUGUAUCAUCUUAAAAUACAUAUUAAAAUGUCUUCUUUUCUUUA